GUAAGGUUUGGUUUCGCCCAGCAUCUCUGACACAAUGUUGUUUUUUUAAUUACUAGUUCCAAUCCAAAUGCAUCUAUUAAUUUUGUUGUUUCUAUUGUUAGUCAUGUCUUCUAGAAAAUAUGCAUCUGGUUAUCAAAAGCGUCAAAAGAAACAGAAGAUAGAUGAACUAAUUCAAUCUCAGAAAGGGGCAAUGGAAAGAUUUAUUAGAAAGGAAUCACAAGUUUCUCCUCUUAAUCAGUCACUUGAUCAGGGCAUUGCACCAAAUACUAGUGAUGGCAAUGAACCUAAUAAUAAUGAGACAGACACAGAUAUGGAAACCAUUGUUCCUAAUGAUGGCCUAGAUACAGAAAACAUUGAACAAGUUCCUAAUAGUGAUGAUAACAUGGAUAGUUCUUCUCAUGAUGCAAAUGUUGAUACUUCCUUUCAGCCUGAUAUAUUUGAUCCAAGGUAUUGGGAUUCUCUUGAUCGUAGGCAGAUUGACAUUUUAGCACGGAAGGGUCCUAAAAGAGACUUAUCAAUUCUGAAAGGUCCUAAGGAUAGAUAUAAUAGAAGGUUUUCUGCACUAUCCUAUACAAGAUUUCUAUCCAAUGGUGAGGAGUACAAUAGAGAUUGGCUUGUGUAUUCCAAAGAUCAAGAUAGAGUGUUUUGCUUUAGUUGUAAAUUAUUUACAAAAGGGCAGCGAAAAGGUCAGUUGGCAAAUGAUGGGUUUAAUGAUUGGACACAUCUUGGUGAAAGACUUAGAGAGCAUGAAACAAGUGUAUAUCAUGUUUUGAAUAUGACUACUUGGUAUGAAUUGCGUAAUAGAUUGGAAAAAGAUGAAACUAUUGAUAAAGCUGCUCAGCGACAACUUGAGAAAGAAAAGGAGCACUGGAGAAAUGUUUUGUUCAGAAUUGUGGCCAUCAUAAAAUUUCUUGCCAGGCAUAAUCUUGCAUUUCGUGGCACUAACAGCAAACUAUAUGAAGAUAGCAAUGGAAAUUUUUUGGGUUUGGUAGAGAUGUUGGCUCAAUUUGACCCAUUUAUUGCAGAACAUGUUCGGCGCAUUACAAAUGAAGAAACUCAUGUUCAUUAUCUUGCACCUAGUAUUCAGAAUGAAAUGAUACACUUGCUUGCUUCUGCUAUUAGGUCUGAAACUAUUAAGAAAAUAAAAAGUGCAAAGUAUUUCUCUGUCAUUCUUGAUUGUACCCCCGAUGCAAGCCACCAAGAACAAAUGUCUUUGAUUAUAAGAUAUGUGGAUUUAUCUUCAGGUGAUGUUAAAAUUGAAGAAUCAUUUAUGGGAUUUUUAGAAGUAAAUGAUACAACUGGUCAAGGCCUUUUUGAUGUCCUAGUAAGUGAAUUAAAGAGUCUUGGUCUUGAUAUAGAUGAUGUGAGAGGACAAGGCUAUGAUAAUGGGUCAAAUAUGAAAGGAAAAAAUCAAGGAGUACAAAAGAAACUCCUCGAUGUAAAUCCUAGAGCCUUCUAUAUUGCUUGUGGUUGCCAUAGCCUUAAUUUAACACUUUGUGAUAUGGCCAAGGCUUGUGCUAAAGACUUCUUUGGAAUAAUCCAACGCAUCUACACAACUUUUGCUAAGUCAACUAAGAAAUGGCAGAUUCUGAAAGAUAACAUAUCAGGAUUGACUCUCAAGUCAGUGUCAGCUACACGUUGGGAGAGUCGUAUUGAAAGUGUUAAGGCUAUUAGAUUUCAGUGCGCAGACAUUCGAGAGGCUCUACUUCAGGUAUCCGAUAUUGAUAAUGAUCCUGGAUCGAGCAGUGAGGCUAAAGGUUUGGCAAACAAUGAACUUGGAGAGUUUGAAUUUAUAGUGGCAAUAGUCAUUUGGUAUGAAGUAUUAUAUGCUGUUAAUUUAGUGAGCAAACACUUGCAAGCAAAGGAUAUGCUUAUUGAUGAUGCUAUUGAGAAAGUACAAGGGUUGAUUUCUUUCUUCAAAGGGUACAGGGAAACUGGUUUCCUAGAUGCACUAGAGACAGCAAAAGGAAUUGCACUUGGAAUGGAUAUUGGUACAUCGUUUCGUAAGAAACGAAUAAUUAAAAGAAAGAGGCAAUUCGAUGAGAACCCAGAUGACACAACUAUGGCCACACAGUCUGCGGAGGAAUCAUUUAGAAUCAGCUAUUUUAUUCCUCUUGUUGAUCAAGCUAUUGCCUCGCUCACAAGGAGAUUUGAACAAUAUCAAGAUUAUCAGAAAAAUUUCGGUUUCUUAUUUAAUUCUAACAUGUUGAAGUCGUUGGAUACCGAGACCUUGAAAUCUUCUUGUGAUAAUCUUGAGGACAUCCUUAAAAGAGAUGGAAAAUCUGAUAUUGAUGCUACUGAGCUGUAUGGAGAGUUGAGGAUUCUUCGAGAUUUCUUUCCAAGAGAAGAUAUGGGUGCAAUUGAAAUUCUAAAGUUUUUGAAGCGGCAUGAUUGCUUUCCCAAUGCAACAAUUGCAUAUAGAGUUAUGUUGACUAUUCCAGUGACGGUUGCAUCAGCAGAACGAAGCUUUUCUAAAUUGAAGCUAUUGAAAUCCUACUUACGUUCUACAAUGACACAAGAAAGACUUAAUGAUUUGGCCAUGAUAGCACUUGAGGGUGAUCUGUUGGAGAAGAUUGAUUACGAGUGCAUAAUUGAAGAAUUCAUUUCAAAGAACACUCAAAGAAUGACGUGCUUCAAGUGAAGAUCAUGCAAAUUGCAAAGAAGAGUUGAAUAAUGAAUAGGUAUGAUAAUUCUUGAAAAAUUUUGUUUACAUGCACUAUGUUAUAACAUAUAUGUCAUUUUAUAGUAGUUAUUACUAGGCCAC